GUUGCACGUGUAAGCGACGCAAGAGAUAUCGUCAACUGACUCAUCAAAAAAUGUGACGAAAUCGACUGACUGCAAUUGUUGUGUAAAUUCGGCAGCUUUGAAAGUUUAUCCACUGUGGCUUGAGGUAAAAUUGGACGUCUUGCUGUAGUAUGAGAAUCACAUGUGUUGGAGCGUCGGCAAAGUUAGUGCAAAUUCCCAGGCUAUGAGUAGUCAGGUAGAGCUUCCCUUCAUUGUUUUAUGCUCACUUUGCCGCCACACGUGCUUUCCUGACUUCCCAUCAACGCAUGCGUCCGACAAUCUUAGUUUAUAUCUACUUUGCUAGAUUUGUUCUUCUACUAACCCAGAUUUUUACCGCAUAGUUUUGAGCCCAGCCUAC